AUGGCUGAGUCCCAAGGCCCGACGGUCGUGACCAUCUCGGUCAUCUUUGCCGUCAUAACUUUCAUAAUCAUGUCCCUACGUCUUUGGGCACGCAUCUUCAUCGUUCAGAAGGUUGGAUACGAUGACAUGUUGAUAUCAGUCGGAGCCCUUCUGGCUUGGGCUUUCGUCGCAGCAACCAUCCUCUCUGUUCAGCACGGCCUUGGAGACCACUAUGUGGAUGUCGAGCCUCGCGGCCUGCAGAACAUGAUCACCUACUCUCAGAUCGUGUGGCUCUCUUCCAUCUUCUACAACGCAUGCCUGGGUUUCAUCAAGACUUCAGUGCUCGCCUUGUACAUGCGUCUUGGAGACCGCUUGCUUAGGAGACUAGCAAUCAUCAUGACCUGCGUCGUUGCUGCUCAGGCCAGCGCCCACGUCAUUGUCUGCAUCUUCCAGUGUUCUCCGGUCUCCGCAGCCUACGACCUCGCCAUCACGGAUAAGAAAUGCGUCGACAUCAACGCCUUCUAUCUCGCAAAUGCCGCCGUCAACAUCUCCACGGAUCUCCUGACAUACACUCUGCCUAUAAAGACCGUCCUGCACUUGCAAGUCCCUAAGAACCAGAAGAUCGGCCUCGGCGUCAUGCUCAGCCUGGGUCUAUUUGCUUGCAUCUCCUCCAUCAUCCGCAUUACCUACAUCCCGCAGAUGCUCACGUCCACCGACCCGACCUGGGCCAUUUCGGGCGCCAUGUACUGGUCCGUCAUUGAGACCAACGUGGGCAUCGCCGCCGCUUCCAUCCCGUCAUUCAAGGUCAUCGCCAAGAAGUACGCCCCGCGCCUGCUCGGCAGCUACUACGAGUCGCAGCGCUACCCGUCCGGCGCCAAGCACGGCUCCAAGGCCUCGCACGGUGCCUUUCACAAAAUGAGCGCUGCCAGCGGCGGCGGGACCAGCAACAACACCUCGGUCCACUUGCGCAGCCUCAACCGCGACGACCUUGGCCCCAAGGAGAAGAGCAACGUGAUCCAGACGCGCAUCGAGCAGGACGCUGCGUCCAACAGCUCCGAGGAGGCUCUCACCCUGCCGGACGGCCGCAUCGGCGUCCGCACCCAGAUCGUCACCCAGUACGAGAACGGCUCCGCCACCCGGGCAAGCAGCCAUGAUAGUCUGUACGAGACGGCGCCGGUUCAGGGUCAGGGACGAGUGUGA